CCAGAAUAUCAAUGCAAGAUUUAUCAGGUGGUAUAUCUGAGUUAUACGCAAUAAAAUUUAUUCCAACAAAUAUUUUAUUUAAAUAUAUUCAUGAUGCAAAAACAAAAUCAACAAUGAUGAGUGUUAUAACUGAUAAUGAGACACACACAACUGACUUUGGUCUUUUACGUCUUCAUUAUUAUGCUAUUAUAGAUAUACAAAUAGCAACUGGAAUAAGUAUUAACCAUAAAUUCCCACUAUUACAUAUUUAUAAUCCACAUGGUCAAUCAUCAAAAAGUUAUUUUGGAAAUAUUGAACAAAUAUUUACUAAAGAAACUAUCAGGUCCCAAUUAAAAAUAAAUGUUGAUGGAGAAAGUUGGAUUCUAUAUGAUGAUUUUAUUAAAUAUUUUGAUUUUGUUGAUAUUUGUAAUUUGACACCAAAUAAAAUGAUCGGUGAUGUGUAUACAAAAAGUGGAGGAAAAAAAUUAUCAUUAUCUAAAAUUACAGGAAAAUUUAUGGGAGCAAUAAAUUCAAGGGAAAUAACAGAUAGUUUUAUUGAAACGAAUCCACAAUAUCGUGUUGUAUUGACAGAGCCAGAUCACGAUAAUAUAGAAUGUAGCAUUUUAAUUGGUGUGUCAUUAAAACGAAGACAUGACUUAGAACAAGUCAGCAAAACUCCAAUACAUUUUCAUAUAAUAUUAAUUGAUAAUGAUGAUGAUGAGUCAACAAGAGUACCAAAACCAUUGUCUUCAUGUGGUGAAAAAUGUAACAAACUAGGUCCAUUUGUAUCUAUCGGACUGGUUAGUGGUCGUUUCAAUAUAAAACCCGGUGCUUUUUAUAUAAUACCAUCUGUUGGAGAAACAUUUAAAGGAGCAACUUUCCAUCUGCAAAUACUAUCUGAACACGCUAAUAUUUUAGAGUAA